AUGGCCGACCUUGUUGUUCCUGAAUCUUUUGCCGAGCGCCUUGAAAAGGUGAAAGGCGAGCCUCUUCGUAAUCCUGCAUCCCCAGAAUGGUUCAGCCGUGAAGUGAACGAACAGUCUCGCGAGAAAUUGGCCUGGGCUGCUCCAUAUGAUGCCCGUUUCCCCCAAGUUCGUAAGCAACGUCAGUGCUUUGCUUACUAUGUCGACUUCCACCGCUGCAAGGAGUUAAUGGGCGAGGACUAUCAACCAUGCAAGUUCUUCCAGAAUGUUUAUAAGGAUUUCUGCCCCAAGUUCUGGGUGGAGAAGUGGGACGAGCUUGUUUCUGAGAACCGUUUCCCCGCCAAAUUUGACCGUUAA